UCAACCCACUGAACACCUCUGUGGCUCUCUCUCUCUCUCUCUCUCUCGCUCAUCUUCUCCGUAGCUUGGCAUCUCCAUGGCCCUCUUUCUUCCCCACACUUUUCCUUCGCGUCAUCUCACUCGUUCUUCUUCUCUCAGUCUCGUUAAUUGCUCUUUCAAAUCCAGAGCACCCACCAAUGCGCCAAUCCCAGCAAGAGACCGAGUCAUAGACUUCGGAAAACACAAGGGCAAAAUGUUGGGAACCCUCCCUUCAACCUACCUCAAAUGGGUCUCCGACAACCUCCGAGCCCGCGAUUUCGAGCAGUGGGCAAAUCUAGCGGACCAAGUCCUCCAAGACCCGGUUUACAAAGAUCGGAUCGAGUGGGAGUUCGCUGAGAAUCUACUGACCGGUAACAACAAUAACAUUAUUUCGCUAAGAAAUGGGAGCGCAGUUUCAGAGCUGUUGGAAAUAAGCGAAAGGUUUGGUUGGGAUAACGGAGAUAAGGUGGGUUGGAGCAGAGUCAGUUUUGAACUUUUGGGUACCUCUAAAGGCGGUAGAAUUCCAAGAGUAAGCAAAAAUGGUGGAAAAGAGAGAGAGUUGGGCGUGAAUAAGAGGGAAAAGGUUGAGGAUUUAUCGAAAGGUGAAGAGAGGAGGAGGGAGAGAAGAGAGAGAAUGAAGAUGAAGACGGAAGGGAGAAAGGAGUGCAAGGUUUAUGAGAAAAGCUAUGGAGAUGAUGUGAUGACAGUUCAUGAAAGGGAUAGAGGAAAUAGUCGUCAAGAUGGGAUGAUGGAGAAUUAUAAUCCAUUUCCUGGGCGUGAAGCUCUGUUGAAGAAGGUGCUCAACCAUAAAAGAUCCUUGUAAUUCUUCCCUUUUCCUUUGUUUUUUUUUUUUUUUUUUAAUAUAUAUGAUUUAUUGAUUUAAG